GCCGCGCCGAGGCGAGCGCCGCCGCCCGCCACCAGCACGACGCUGUGACUGAUGAGAGUUAAAGGCCAUGGAUGAAGAUGGGCUUGAAUUGCAGCCACAUGAGCCAAAUGCAUUUUUUGAUCCAACAGGAGCUGAUGCAGCACAUAUGGAUGGAGAUCAGAUUGUUGUGGAAGUACAGGAAACAGUAUUUGUUUCAGAUGUAGUCGACUCAGAUAUAACUGUGCAUAAUUUUGUUCCUGAUGAUCCAGAUUCUGUAGUAAUCCAAGAUGUCAUUGAGGAUGUUGUUAUCGAGGAUGUUCAGUGCCCAGAUAUCAUGGAGGAGCCAGACGUAUCUGAAACUGUCAUUAUUCCUGAACAAGUGCUGGACACAGACGUAGCUGAAGAGGUUUCUUUGGCUCAUUGCACUGUCCCAGAUGAUGUUUUAGCUUCUGACAUAACAGCAGAAGCAAUGUCUAUACCAGAACAUGUACUGACGAGUGAGUCAAUGCAUGUACCUGAAGUUGGACAUGUAGAACAUGUAGUUCAUGAUAAUGUUGAAGAAGCAGAUAUUGUCACUGAUACUCUGGGAACAGAUGUUGUUUCUGAGGAAGUCUUGGUGGCAGACUGUGCAUCAGAAGCAGUGAUCGAUGCCAAUGGAAUCCCUGUGGAACAUCAAGAUGAGAAGGGCAACUGUGAAGACUACCUGAUGAUUUCCCUGGAUGAUGCUGGUAAGAUAGAACAUGAAGGUUCUGCUGAAAUGACCAUGGAAGCAGAGUCAGAAAGUGGCUCUUGUAAAGUGGAUGGCAUUUGUCCAGAAGUCAUCAAGGUCUAUAUAUUCAAAGCAGAUCCUGGAGAAGAUGAUUUAGGGGGCACAGUAGACAUUGUGGAGAGCGAGCCAGAGAACGACCAUGCAGUUGGAUUGCUCGAUCAAAACAGCAGUAUUCGUAUUCCAAGGGAGAAAAUGGUUUACAUGACUGUAAAUGAUUCUCAGCACGAAGACGAAGACUUAAAUGUUGCAGAAAUAGCUGAUGAGGUUUAUAUGGAAGUGAUUGUAGGAGAGGAGGAUGCAGCAGUAGCCCAUGAACAGCAAAUUGAUGACAACGAAAUUAAAACUUUCAUGCCUAUAGCUUGGGCAGCAGCUUAUGGUAACAAUAAUGAUGGCAUUGAAAGUCGGAACGGCACCGCAAGUGCUCUUUUGCACAUAGAUGAGUCAGCUGGACUUGGGAGACUGGCUAAGCAAAAACCAAAGAAAAAAAGGAGACCUGAGUCUAGGCAGUAUCAAACAGCAAUAAUCAUCGGCCCUGAUGGUCAUCCUUUGACAGUCUACCCCUGCAUGAUUUGUGGAAAGAAAUUCAAGUCUAGAGGUUUCUUGAAAAGGCACAUGAAAAACCACCCAGAGCACCUUCUUACCAAGAAGAAAUACAGAUGUACAGACUGUGAUUACACUACGAAUAAAAAAAUCAGUUUACACAACCACUUGGAGAGUCAUAAGCUGACCAACAAAACAGAAAAGCUUAUCGAGUGCGACGAGUGCGGGAAAAGCUUCUCUCACGCAGGGACUUUAUUUACUCACAAGAUGGUGCACAGGGACAAAGGAGUUAACAAAAUGCACAAGUGCAAAUUCUGCGAUUACGAGACAGCAGAACAAGGAUUGCUGAGUCAUCACCUCUUAGCCGUCCACAGCAAGAACUUUCCUCACAUUUGCGUGGAGUGCGGCAAAGGCUUCCGCCAUCCGUCGGAGCUGAAGAAGCACAUGAGGAUCCACACCGGCGAGAAGCCCUACCAGUGCCAGUACUGCGAGUACCGCUCCGCCGACUCUUCCAACUUGAAAACCCACGUAAAGACUAAACACAGUAAGGAGACCCCUUUAAAGUGUGACAUUUGUUUCCAGACUUUUUCAGAUACCAAAGAGCUGCAGCAGCAUACGCUCAUGCAUCAAGAAAGCAAAACGCAUCAGUGUUUGCAUUGUGACCACAAGAGCUCGAACUCGAGUGACCUGAAACGACACAUCAUUUCGGUCCACACAAAAGACUAUCCUCACAAGUGUGACAUGUGUGACAAAGGCUUUCACCGGCCCUCCGAACUGAAAAAACACGUGGCGGCUCACAAGGGGAAAAAAUUGCACCAGUGCAGACAUUGUGACUUUAAGAUCGCUGAUCCCUUCAUUCUGAGCCGCCACAUACUCUCCGUUCACACAAAGGAUCUUCCCUUCAGGUGCAAGAGAUGUAGAAAGGGCUUUAGGCAGCAGAACGAGCUGAAAAAACACAUGAAAACACAUAGUGGCAGGAAAGUUUAUCAGUGUGAGUACUGUGAGUAUAGCACUACAGAUGCCUCGGGCUUCAAACGGCACGUCAUUUCCAUUCACACAAAAGACUACCCUCACCGGUGUGAGUACUGCAAGAAAGGGUUCCGAAGGCCUUCAGAGAAGAACCAGCACAUUAUGCGGCAUCACAAAGAUGUUGGGCUGCCUUAAAGUCUCUUUCACAAACAAGGCUUAACAGGCUGGAAUUUAGAAAGGAAUUUUGCCUUUCAGGCAGUUAGCUUAUUUUAAAGCCAAUCACCCAGGAUCACACAUACAAACAAACAAAAAACCAAACAAAAAAGGCAAAACAACAACCAACAAAACAAACCACCCAACAGACAUACUGUGCAUUUGAUUCGUUGCUGUAUAAAAAAUAGGAUUAUCUGCUUCUAGAUGACUUUUAUACCUUUUGUUCCAUAGCGUGUUCUGAAUUCUAUUCAGUUUGUUUAAUAAAUGAAGAAAGAAAAAAAAAAGAUGGCAACAAUAAAAGUUGCAUUUAAUAAAAGUAAACCCUGUCUCUUACUGAAUUUUUCAACCCUUAAUAGUUUAUUUAAAGUAAUAUUUAUCUUAACUGACCUCGUUGAUAACUCACGGUGUCCAUGUUAAUGCAGUUUUGUUGUGAAUUUAAACAAACAAAACCUAUGAAAUUUCUCUUGGUAAAAUUGUCAGAGGUGUGUAUAAAAAAAGGGGAGUUGUGAUGUUAAAGAAGUUGCUAGGGCCCACCUGGUUGUCUCGUUUUGACUCUACAGACUUUGUGGCAGGUUAACUAUUUUCCACGCAAGGAGUUGCUCUUCUUUAUUGCAGAAAAUCCUGUGUUGUUAAUUCAGGUUUCAGAACAACAACAAAAAAAACCCAAAAAGCUGGUUUGGGGCAUUUGUUAACUUUCUUUGCCUGGUUCAAAUGUAUGCUCAAAAUAUCACAUUUAUUGUUCUGUGCUUCUUCUUUGUCUUUGAAAAGGUUUUGUGUGUUACAAAUGAAUUGGGGGUUUCUUUGUGUUUUUUUUUCCCUGGUUUACUACUGUCUUAAUGUAGGAAACAUGAAAUGCUCUUGUUCCAUUUGCAGAGUUACUAGAUGACAGCUGUCCGUACGUGCUGGUAAACGUACCUCAGGCUUAAUGCUCUUGUGUGUGUGUGUCUGUGUUAGUAUUUCUUUAACAAACAAACAGUUUGUGGUUCAAGUCACAACUUUUAUGUGAGUUGCUUCAGAAUAAAAUUUUAAAGACCAAGAGGUGCCUCGAUUUUGGAAGUGAGAUAUAUUUUCCAGUGAGAGCUUCAGAGGGGGGAUGGAGUGGAGCAGAAGUGUUGAUAGAGAAGUGUUUUAAUGUAGAAAAGUUUAGUUUGAAAGUUAACAAAGGUAACAGAACUCUUUCUAAAUUGACUGUUUUUUAUUCCCCUGAGCCAUUAGC